AUGAGAACUGCGGGUGCUCCGAGCGGUGCCAAAUCACCCGGAAAUACAAGUACAAGCGGAAUUACCGGAUCACCAGGAGUAUCAAUGCCGGCUGAAGCAAAAACUCCACCGACUUUACAAAAUAAACAAAUGCAAAAAGAUCAUCCCUCGGUAAGCAAAAGAUUACGAAGGAGGAAAAUUCUGGAAAAAAUGAAAAUUAUGCGACAAUGUGAGAGUUAG